AAGUCAAACAUUACCGUCUUCCUGUGAUGUGCCGCUGGACUUAAAUAAUCAUUCAGAAAAAGAUAACCAUUACUUGCUGAUAAAUUAAACAACUGGCUACAAUCAAGUAGGCGUCAGCGGGAAAUCAUGUUUUAUCAUAUUUCCCUGGAGCAUGAGAUCCUGCUCCACCCUCGGUACUUUGGUCCCAAUCUCCUGAACACUGUGAAACAAAAGCUCUUCACAGAAGUGGAGGGAACAUGCACAGGAAAAUAUGGAUUCGUCAUUGCGGUGACCACCAUUGACAACAUUGGUGCAGGUGUCAUCCAACCAGGCAGGGGAUUUGUGCUUUACCCAGUCAAGUACAAGGCUAUUGUCUUCCGUCCAUUCAAAGGCGAGGUGGUAGAUGCCGUGGUUACCCAGGUCAACAAAGUUGGACUGUUCACAGAGAUCGGCCCCAUGUCCUGUUUCAUCUCUCGUCACUCCAUUCCCUCAGAGAUGGAGUUUGACCCCAACUCAAAUCCUCCCUGUUAUAAGACCACUGAUGAGGACAUUGUAAUCCAACAGGAUGAUGAGAUUCGGUUAAAGAUCGUGGGAACAAGAGUGGAUAAAAACGACAUUUUCGCUAUUGGAUCCCUCAUGGACGAUUACCUGGGUCUUGUCAGCUGAUGUCCCUGCAGUGCUAUGCUGAUGUAUCAACAUACAUCCCUCAUAUUUUAUGUAAAUGCCUCGACAAUACAGUACUGUCAGUACAAAUAUUUUUCUAGGUUGAUAAUGUGGUAUUGCUACAAAUCCUGUACUAAGUGGGGACACCGUAUGAAUACAUACUGUUGAAACCACACAGAGCCUGUUGAUAAGCAGGUGUUUAUGUUGCUGUAUCGUCUGAGUUGCCCUUCCAGUUGCUGUUGUU